AUGGCCCAAAACAACCAGACAAGGGUGAAUGAAUUCAUCCUCUUAGGGCUAUCUAAUGACUUGAAGACUGAGAUUUACCUCUUUGUCCUCUUCUUGGUCAUGUACUUGGUAACUAUGGCGGGAAACUUCCUUAUCAUCUAUCUGAUCAGGUUAGACAGCCGACUCCACACCCCUAUGUAUUUCUUCCUUAGCAUCCUGUCCUUUGUGGAUAUUUGCUAUAUGAACAGCACUGUCCCACAAAUGCUUAUUCAUUUUCUGUCUUCAAAGAAGUCCAUCCCAUUCUAUAGCUGUGUAUUUCAGCUCUUUAUCUCCCUGGCACUGGGUGGGACUGAGUUCUUUCUACUGGGAGCAAUGGCAUAUGACCGCUAUGUGGCAGUGUGCUUUCCCCUACACUACACCGUCAUCAUGCAUGGAGGGCUGUGCAUGGCUCUGGCUGCUGCUUGUUGGGCUGCUGGUUUCUUAAACUCACUCAUGGAGACAAUCAUUACUUUUCGACUUCCCCUGUGCAAGGAUGUUAUCAAUCACUUUGCUUGUGAGACACUAGCAGUGCUGCGUUUGGCCUGUGUGGACAUUUCCUUCAACAAGAUCAUGGUGACCUUCUCAGGCUCUGUGGUCAUCAUGUUACCCUGCUCCUUGGUCCUGUUCUCCUAUGCCCAGAUUGUUAGAGCCAUUCUGCGCAUCCGUUCUACGCAGGGACGUCGCAAAGCCUUUGGGACCUGUGCCUCCCAUCUCACUGUGGUCUCCCUUUGCUUUGGGGCCACCAUUUUCACCUACAUGCGGCCCCGGGCUACCUCCUCAGCAGAACAUGAAAAGAUGAUUGCUUUAUUCUAUACUACCGUGGCCCCUAUGUUGAACCCUAUGAUCUACAGCCUGAGGAAUAAGGAAGUGAUGGGUGCUCUGAGAAGAGCCCUGGGAAGAUUCUCUGAAGAAACAUGA